ACAAGUUCCUGAAUUAUGACUGACCUUUGUUCAACAGACUUGAAAACUGCUCUAGGGAAGAAGCGGCGGGACGGGAAAACUGCACAGCUGCAGCCUUUGACAACCAUGCAAAGGGUUCAUGUUGGCAAUUUAAUUAUGAAAUAUGGAGAUGACUACCAAGCAAUGUUUAGGGAUACGAAGUUGAAUUUGAUGCAGCAUUCAGUAGCAACAUUGAAGAAGCUGUGUCAGAGAUACGAUGUUCAGAGGAAGCAUUAUAUUACUUCAUGAG